GAUAAAACUUUAGCUUAAUUGAACGUCUCGAUGAAUAAAAUGUUCCGCGAAUUAUAGCGGGCAUGGGUUUGGAUUUCACCGUGAGUUUACGUCGAUUUAGGUUCGCUGUAUUGUUGCUGAUCGUAUAUGUUUUAGUGUAUAUAGGAAACGGCCCCGAUGAUGUAACUUUUUCAAAACCUUCCCACUGGUACGAAGGACGUACCGCUUUCACACUAAAACAUCAUAACGACUGGAUAAUUCAUUUACUCGAUAAGAUACGGGAUGAACUGGAAAUGAUGAUAUUGAACGCAACAGAUAUGAAGAUAAUACUGGUGUGGAUUCCAAUGUUUGAUAUGAAUUUACCACACGAAAUCAACGCAAAAAAAUGUGGUAAUUGUAAAAUAACAUACGACAGAGGAAAGAUAGACGAUGAAAGAACUGGAGCGGUUGUUUUCCACUUCGAUGGAAUCAGAGACGAUGAUUUGCCACCGACAAGAAACCUUAGUCAACUUUACAUAUACUGGGUCCUGGAAUCGACUGCAACCCUUCGCAUCAACAGAAAAAAUUCUUUAGAGUUCGAGGACAAUUUUCAUUUUAAUGCAACUAUGACAUACAGAAGGGACUCCGAUUUCUAUCAAAGUUAUGAACACCACAAAUAUGGUGUGACAAGAAUUAUGGAAGAAAAUACGCUCACACUAGAGGAACUGCUUGCAAUGAAAACUAAACUUUCAGUCGCAAUCGUUUCAGACUGUGGCUCUACUGCUGGAGCGCGUACUCGAAUGAGAUUGUUGAAGACUAUAAUACGAUUAGGAUUUAAACUGGAUAGAUUCGGUGCAUGCUUUUGGGGAGGUGGCAAGUUUGCAAAUGGUAAAAGCCGACACGAACCUAAAUUCUAUGCGGAAGUCAGAAAAUAUAAAUUUUACUUUUCUUUUGAAAAUUCCUAUCACUGUAAAGACUACAUUACUGAGAAGUUUUUCAACAACGCUCUCAGAUCCUUUACUGUUCCUGUUGUCUGGGGUGCGACGAGGGAGGAUUAUGAAGCAGUCGCACCACCUGGAUCAUUUAUAUUUGUUGAAGACUUUGAUUCUAUGAAGGCUUUAGCGGAUUAUCUUAAUUAUUUGGACAAAAACGAUACGGCAUAUCUAGAAUACCUCAAGUGGGUGACAAUAAAGCCAAGAGACAUGCCUAACUACGGAAGAGCAAGGGAUUGGUGUUCAAUAUGCAGAGCGUUACAUGGAAUCAACAUUGACGACAUUUACAGUCCAAAAUACAACAAGACUAAUCCAAUUAGACCAUUAUUUACAGACGGCGUCGCAACGAGGACUGUCGAGCAUUUGAAAGACUGGUAUUAUGGAGAAGAUAAUCCCGAGUGUUUUUCAAAGUAUUGACUAUCAAAGAAUCAGCGGACUUUGGCCUUAUAAUUUCAGGAUAAGCGUACAUUCUCUGAUUAGACACUGCCCUUUUGUAUUCUAUGCAACAGGCAUACCUAUCGAUACUUGUUUAUUUUUGCCUCUAUUGAAUGCCUUCACCUCGGACAAAAUAUUGAGCAAAAACCUUACCUAUCUUUUUUUUGACAUACACAAGUAUUUGCAAUACCUAAUUAAACGCGACUGCAGCUUUGUUAAGAUUAAUUAGGUGUAUAUAAUAAUUAACUUUGGUUCCCCACGGUAGCCAUUACGAUUACAGUCUAAUUUUCCAAAUUUUUUGUUCUACCUAUUUUUCAGUUUUUUAAUAAAAAUAAGAUCCUUUUUAUGUCAGAUCGCGAUUCCACUGCCUUCUGUAAUUAGAUGUACUAGAAGUUAUGUUUCUCAUGCUGAGAGAACGAUUAUUCUUUCCUGAUUUAUCACCGCGUAGUACAUGCACCCACCUCACUGAAUUUGAUAAUAUUAUUUUAUAUAGCUUGUAUGUGUGCUAAUGUUCUAAUUGCAAUUUGUGUUUUUGUUCCGAUAGCAUCCUACACAUUUCUGUGAUAAUCUACACUUUCAAUGAUUUGCCGUAUGUCUGGGUUUGACAUUGAUGAAUGUGAACAUAGUGGAUAGACAGAUGCUCCUUGUUUACAUAAAGAUGCUUCUGUUUGGUACAGGUGCAAAAGCUUUGCAUUCUUUCGUUUUGAGCUUUAGGCCAAUGACUAACAUGAUUCUUGGCUUGGCUAUCGGCAACUGAGUGAUAUUUCACGAUAUAGGCAAAUAUGUGACUGACUGACCAAAUGUUAGUUUAUUUUGUUGGAGUGUAUCACUGAUUAAACGUUCUCCUUCGGAACUUCCAUAGAAAUCAGAAUCUCUCCUGUAACAAGAUUUCAAUUUCUAAAUUGAAAUCUUUAAAAUGUUUGUCAUAAAACGUUCUUUUAGGUGCUUGAAAUAGUAUUAUCAAACAGAAAAAUCUUCAUCUCAAAAUAUACGAUCAUGGAUUCAACUUCUACUUAGACUGGCUACCAGCUUACAUUAGUAAUACGGAAAUAUUUUGAACGUUGAUGACUGAUUACACGCUAGCCAUUGUACAACACUUUAGAUAUAUAUUCGUAUACAUCGACAAUUGUUAUAUUAAAAGACGAAACAACGUGUUAAAUAAGUGUUUGCUCCCAGGUUUACCUGUAUGUGAAAGUUCCAUUAAAUCAAAAAGAUUCUUCCAAACUGCAAGAAAAUGUUCUUUUACAUUCCGUAAUGUAGGUGUUUACUCAAGGUCCCAGUAAAUAUAUAAAUGUUCAAAAUUCCUAAACAACAAAAACAGUCUUUCACUUAAUAAAAAGAUGGAAGAUCAUAAAAGUCCAAUCUUCUUAUGCACUCCCUGUUGGGAUAUCCACCAUCCAUCAAUGAGCCAAACUGUGACCCAGUCAUAGAAAACUCAUGUUCGUGACUGUGUGAGUGAUUUUUGCACCUACCGGUAUAUGUUUUAUAAUGCAGCAGUACCAUUAUAACUCAAAUUCAAAAAAUGAUCUACGAGACCAAUCUUCCUGUGCCGCACACAUAUCUUCAAUAUAUAUAUACAGACAGAAUGAAGAAUGUACUUAUAAAUAAAAAUGCUAUAAAGCCAACCUUUUAGGUGACAUGUUUUUAGAUGAUAUUGCAUCAAAGUGAAAUAGUAAUGCUUCUGUAUUUUCGUCUACAAUAUGUAGAUUGAUAUGAUUGCAAAUACAAUAAUAAACUAUGACCAAAUACGGUUGAUGCUG